AUGCCCGGGGACUCGCAGGUCUCACUGGUACCCUCUUCCGUCCGCGAGGCCUUGCUGGACCCUCACUGGCGCCGCGCGAUGGAAGAGGAGUACGCGGCUCUCCUCGCCAACCAGACAUGGGAUCUGCGGCCCGGUGUCGACUACGACGAGACCUUCAGCCCGGUGGUGAAGCCGACCACCGUCCGCACGGUGCUCUCGCUGGCUCUCACGCGCGGGUGGCCCGUGCAUCAGCUGGACGUCAAGAAUGCCUUCCUGCAUGGCGUUCUUACUGAGACAGUCUACUGCAGUAAGCCGGCGGGGUUUGUUGACUCUUCUUGUCCCGACAUAGUGUGUCGGCUCAAGAAGUCUCUCUAUAGCCUCAAGCAGGCCCCUCGGGCAUGGAACCAUCGGUUUGUUGCUUUUCUGCUGACUCUGGGGUUUGUGGAGGCCAAGUCAGACAUCUCUUUGUUCAUCUAUCACUAUGGGGCUGAGACUGCAUAUCUGCUGCUCUAUGUUGAUGACAUUGUCCUCACAGCCUCCAGUGAGUCCCUCCUUCGACGGAUUAUCGCAUCACUUCAGCAGGAGUUUGCUAUGAAGGAUCUGGGUCGGCUCCACCACUUUCUCGGGGUCACUGUUGAGCCUCACCCUGCUGGAUUACUCCUUCACCAGCGGCAGUACACUCUUGACAUCCUGGAGAGAGCUGGGAUGACUGACUGCAAGCCCUGCUCCACUCCGGUUGACACACAGGGCAAGCUAUCGGAGGUUGAGGGUACCCAAGUGACAGAUCCCACUGCAUAUCGGAGUCUUGCCGGGGCACUUCAGUACCUCAUCUUCACCCGGCCGGAUAUCACCUAUGCAGUUCAGCAGAUCUGUCUUCAUAUGCAUGAUCCCCGGGAGCCACACCUCGUCGCUCUCAAGCGGAUCCUUCGCUACCUCCGUGGCUCCGUCGACUUCGGUCUCCUCCUCCACCGACGGUCAUCCUCCACCGAGCUCGUCGUCUACACUGACGCCGACUGGACCGGGUGUCCGGACACCCGCCGCUCCACUUCCGGCUACGCCGUCUUCCUAGGCGACAACCUGGUGUCUUGGUCGUCCAAGCGACAGCCGGUCGUCUCCCGCUCCAGUGCCGAGGCGGAGUACCGCGCUGUCGCCAACGGCGUGGCUGAGGCUUCCUGGCUCCAGCAGCUCCUCGCCGAGCUCCACAGCCCUCUCUCCCGAAGCGCACUAACACGAAUGACUGCAAAACACAUUCAUUCAUGUACUUAUUUUUGGAGACUUGCCCGUGAUAUAUCAUCUUCAUCCAGAUUUUGA